ACAACCACGCCUGAUCUAAAGUUCAAGGUACUGACAGCAGACGUGAUCUCCACUCUGGACUGUCACUUAACCCUGGAACCGCAGACAGGAGCUUCUCUUUUCCAAAAACGUCUCCCGAAUAAAAGAAGCCAUGGGAGAGUGGGGCUUUCUUUCCACGCUGCUGAAUAAGGUGCAGUCCCACUCCACGGUUGUUGGGAAGGUGUGGCUCAGCGUGCUCUUCGUCUUCAGGAUUAUGGUGCUCGGAGCCGGAGCUGAAAAGGUUUGGGGGGAUGAACAGUCCAACAUGGUUUGUAACACCAAACAGCCAGGUUGUAAAAACGUCUGCUACGACCACGCCUUCCCAAUCUCCCACAUCCGAUUCUGGGUCCUCCAGAUCAUCUUCGUCUCCUCACCAACCCUGAUAUACCUCGGCCAUGUCAUCCAUGUCGUCCACAAAGAGAAGAAGCUGAGAAAAUACAUCGAAACUCAUUCCAGCGAGGAGGUCACCAAAGUUCCAAAGUAUUCUGAUGAAAAAGGUCACGUCAAAAUUAAAGGCAAUCUGUUAGGGAACUACAUGACUUCCAUCUUUUUUAGAAUCCUUUUGGAGAUAGCCUUCAUUGUGGGUCAGUAUUACCUGUAUGGUUUUGUCAUGGAGGCCCUGAUUGUCUGCUCUCGGGCGCCGUGUCCAUUCACUGUGGAGUGCUACAUGUCACGGCCCACUGAAAAAACCAUCUUCAUCAUCUUCAUGCUGGUCGUGGCCUGCGUCUCCCUCGUCCUGAAUGUGAUCGAGAUCUUCUUCUUGGCGUGUUCCCAGUCGCGCAGGAAGAAGUCCAAAAUGGUGCCGGUGACGGCGGUUGCUCUCCACCCCCGGUUCCCCAACGACAGCCUCAUGAAUAAGGAGAAAAUGAGCCUCCUUGACUCCAGCACAGCCUGAGGACCUCAACCGACACGGAAAACAUUGGCUGACAAAUGCCGUCAAAUCUACAAAAUGACUGGCAAACACUGUAAAGUUUUAUUUUAAAUAUACAUUUUUACAAGAAGAAUAUUUAAAGGUUUUAAGUGAUUAAUGUUUAUAAACUUUUACGCAUUUGAUAACAUUCAAAACCAAUAUUUUGUAACUCAAGCAGAAAACAGGUUUACACAUCUAUCAAGUACCUCUUCUUGUUUUUUAAUGUUUUGUAAAUUUGAGCUCAAUCGUGCUUUUAGACUUGCAAAUUUGCCCUUGCAUCUUUUAAAUCUGUAAAUUUUACAAAUAAAAAGGUUAUUUUUAUUCUAAAA